GAGCUCACUCACAAGGGAACAUCUCCAAAUAGUGGGGUUGUUCUUACCAGUGAUAUUUAAGCCGUAGCAGCGAAGUCCUCCUAAGUCAGAGCCGUUUCAGCCACGCACAAUAUGCGCGCUUUCGUGGUACUCGCCUGUGUGGCGUUGGCCUAUGGCCGCCCUGAACCUCCCGUAGGAUACAGCUACUCGGCUCCUUCUAGCAGCUAUGGAACUCCUUCUCUUGGACUCGGUGGAGGUCAUUCAAGCGGGCUUUCCUUAGGAGGUCACUCUUCUGGUGGAUUAUCAUUGGGCGGUGGUCAAUCUUCUGGUGGAAUUUCGUUCUCCAGUAGCAGCCUGAGUGGUGGAUUUAGCGGAGGACUCAGCGGUGGACUUAGCAGCGGAUUGAGCAGUGGUUUCGCUGGUGAUGCUGGAUUCUCAGGAAUCUCUGGUGGAUUCUCUGGCGCCCCACUCGUACAGAAGCACAUUUACGUUCACGUUCCUCCACCAGAACCCCAAGAGCAGAGACUUCCCCGCAUCACUCCUGUGGCUCCUCCCCAGAAACACUACAAGAUCAUCUUUAUCAAGGCUCCAACUCCACCCACUCCUGUUGCUCCUAUCAUUCCCGUUCAACAACAAAACGAAGAGAAAACUCUUGUAUACGUUUUGGUUAAGAAGCCCGAAGAACAACCUGAUAUCGUUAUUCCCACACUUGCGCCUACUCAACCUUCCAAACCCGAAGUAUACUUCAUCAAAUACCAGACACAGAAGGAGUCUUCUGGUAUUGGCGGUGGUGCUAUCGGUGGUGGUGAUAUCAGCGGCGGUUCUAUUGGAGGUGGUUCUAUCGGAGGUGGUUCAUUCGAAGGUGGUUCAAUCAGCGGUGGUAUUGGCAGUGCUGAUAUUAGCGGAAGUUCCGGUAUCGAUAGCUCAUCCCUAAUCGGCGCUGGUAGCCAUGGUGGAGCUGAAAUCUCCUCUGACUUUGGAGCUAGCGGUGGUGAUGCAAGCGGAUCCAUCAGUGGACAUGGUGGUGCAACUAGCUCACAAUACGGUCCCCCUGGUCAUGUUGCUGGUCCCCUUCACUAAGCUAUAACGAUUAAGUUAGGUGGUAGGAUACAACAACUGUUUACUGUAUUUAUUGCUGAGCGAAAAAAAUAAUUUAAACAAUAUUUUAAAUAAUGCUAAAAUAAAAAAUAAAAAAACUUAUUUGGCCGUCUGCGUUUGAACGUAUUGUAUAUAGUCAUCUCUCCGCGUUCACCCGUAGAUGAUGUAAAUGUUCUACCACAUAGCUUAAGUAAAAUGUUGUUUUGUCUCAUUAUCGCCUAUCAUGUUUACUCGUUAUUAGUGCACAGUGUUAAUGUUGUUCAAAUUUAAGUAUUUACUGCGACUGUUAUGUUUAUGUAUUAUAAAUAGC